AGCUGAGUCAGGCCGACCCCGAGCACGGGAGCACCAUGUACGAGCUCAACGAGAGCAGCUUCGACCCCAUCACCUUUGUCCUGACGGGCAUCCCGGGCAUGGAGGAGUCCCACAUCUGGAUCUCCGUCCCCUUCUGCCUGAUGUACCUCACCGCCGUGCUCGGCAACCUGCUGCUUCUCUUGGCCAUCGCCACGGACCGCAGCCUCCACGAGCCCAUGUACCUCUUCCUGGCCAUGCUGGCCCUCUCUGACCUCCUGCUGUCCACCACCACCGUGCCCAAAAUGCUGGCGAUCUUCUGGUUCAGCGCCAGGGAGAUUUCCUUCGACGCCUGCGUCACACAGAUGUUCUUCACCCAUUUCAGCUUCAUCGUGGAGUCCUCGGUGCUGCUGGCCAUGGCCUUCGACCGCUACGUGGCCGUGUGCGACCCCCUGCGCUACGCGUCCAUCCUGACCCCCUCGGCCAUCGGCAAGAUCGCCGCGGCCGCCGUGGCCCGCGGCUUCUGCAUCAUGUUCCCGCCCAUCUUCCUCCUGAAGCGGCUGCCCUACUGCGGGCACAACGUGAUGCCCCACACCUACUGCGAGCACAUGGGCAUCGCCCGCCUGGCCUGCGCCGACAUCAGGGCCAACGUCUGGUACGGGCUGACCACGGCGCUGCUCUCCUCGGGCCUGGACGUCGUGCUCAUCGCCGUCUCCUACGCGCUGAUCCUCAGGGCGGUGUUCCGCCUCCCGUCUCCCGAGGCUCGCCUCAAAACCCUCAGCACCUGCGGCUCCCACCUCUGCGUGAUCCUCAUGUUCUACGUGCCGGCCUUCUUCUCCUUCCUCACGCAUCGCUUCGGCCACCAAAUCCCCAGCCACGUCCACAUCCUGCUGGCCAACCUCUACGUCGUGGUGCCGCCCAUGCUCAACCCCAUUGUCUACGGGGUGAGGACCAGGCAGAUCCGGGAGCGUGUCACCCGCCUCCUCUGCCCCACGGGGGAGUGUCCCUGCCCCAGCGGGGGGGGCAGGUGCUGAGCAGGGCAGGGGGAUGCGGGAUGGGCUCCAGAGAGCAGCACUGAAGGCUGCAGCGCUUCUUGGCCUGGAGGAACCGCUUUGCCCAAGGGCUUCAAGGGAAGCUGAAGGUGGUGUGAUUUCUGGAAACGUGGGCUUGGCUCAUCAGCAUCUUCACUGCUGCUGGUUUCUCCUGGAGCUGCUUCCCCUGAGCUUCCUUCAUUGGCAGAGACCGGGUAGGUUCAGCUGAGAAGCAACAAGGCACUUACACCUGCUGACUCACUGUCACCUGCUACAGCUCAUGUUUGCUGUCCUACAGCUUCAUUUCUGCCUGUUCCUUCACCUUUCCAGCAGUGUCCAGACCACGAACACCUUGCUGGUUGCCAGACUGAAGCAUGGCACACCAAGCACGGCUGCGUGGGCACCACGCUGCUCACCAUGGCACAGAGGGGUACGUCCUCCUGCUCUCAUUGCUGAGGGACCCUGGCACUGCCUGCUGCUGAAGGAGUUUCCCUGCUGAAGUGCCCUGAGAGCCUGGGAAAGGCUUUAUUGCCCUGUGUUUGAGGGAAACAUUUCCCUUGAACCAUGACUCCCAAAUGCAAUUCCAGCCUUUAGAGUGGUGUGCAAAGGGACAGUGGUUUCCUACACCCACCACAUCCCACAGGGAUGCUUUCUGUCUUGGCCAGUACAGCUCUGCCUCAUCCAGGCAGCAGCCAGGGUUUUGGCUGUGGUGGUUAGGGAGCCCUUUCUGGAAGCUCCACACAGCAAUGCCAGGAGUGGGGUGGUCUGCCCUGUGUCACCUGUGAGGCCCCACGAAGGGUCCGGUGUGCUCCUGAUGUUACUCCUGACAUGGAGUAGGUCAGCCAUGUCUGCAGAAUGUCCCUUUGCCCUGGCUGUGAGGGCAGCCAGCACUUGCCAAUCCCACAGCCUGCCUGGGCUGCAAAGCUCUCUCAGACUGCCCAGGGCGGGGAAAGCACUGCUGCACACCUGGACCUCGCAGGUGUCUCACUGGGAGGGGGUGGUGACCCCUGGGAACGGCUCUGCCAGGGUCUGAGCUCCAGGAAAUGCUCCAUGAAGUGCUGUACCCUGCAUCAGGGCGGGAGCUGUGGGACCAUCCUGCUUGGGGCUGAUCAACCCCACGUUCCUGAUGGAGGGCAGGAGCCGAGGGCACACCGGGUGUGCUCAGACCUGAAUGCACAGGAGCUGAGACCAACCCAGCAACCCAACCAGCCAACCCUGCUCCAGCCACACCAGUAAUGCUACCACGACUUCAAAAGAGAAGGGGAAGAGACGGAUUCAUGAUUUCAGAUCAAACCCCCCAAAAGUUUUUCACUUUUGCAACACAAGUCUUCUUUUCUUUAUUUUCCUCUGAUUUGAUCAAAGGUGGCACCCUGCGACAGGCACAGGGGAAAUGAAAGUCUGUUCAUUAAAGGCUGUUUGUCUACCAGCGGAGAUAACGGAGCUGGUACAAAAGCUGCUCGUGUCGCUGGGCUUUUUAAUGUCCUCAGAGCGUUCGUGUUUGCGUUGGCUUUCUUAGCAAAAAGAAAAAAAGAGUGUUUGUGCAGAGCAGCCAUGUAAUUUUCGAUAGGAGAUGGAGCUGUGAGAAGGAAAAUGUGUCAGGAGAGCACGUUGCUGUGGGCAGCUCAAAGAACAAUUGAGCUGCUGCCUGGAUUUGUCAAUAUGUGGGGCUUGGAGCAGCCUGGGACAGUG